AUGGGCAAAAAAGAACGUGAAGAUGCAAAAAAAGAAAUCGCAUUAUUAGCUCAAAUGAAACAUCCAUAUAUCGUAUCGUAUACAGAAUCCUUUGAAGAUUUAAGUAGUUUGUACAUAGUUAUGGAUUAUUGUGAUGGUGGUGAUUUACAUUCUCAAGUACAAGCACAACGGGGUGUACUUUUUAAUGAAGAUCAAAUUCUGGAUUGGUUUGUUCAAAUAACAUUAGCAUUAAAACAUGUCCAUGAUAGAAAAGUAUUACAUAGAGAUAUUAAAUCAGAAAAUGUAUUUUUAAUGAAAAAUGGCAGUUGUAAACUAGGUGACUUUGGCAUUGCGAAAGUGCUGAACACAACGAUGGAAUUGGCUAAAACUCAAGCUGGCUCACCUUAUUACCUUAGUCCUGAAAUAUGUCAACACAAACCUUAUAAUAACAAGAUACAUCAACCGAAAGCGGUAAUUUCUCGUCCUGAUGGAAUUCCUCCGGCAAGACCACCAUCGGUUAUGAUACCUGCAGCGGCCAAAACACCUUUGUAUGAUCCAGUCAAAGUGUAUGAUAAUCCUGUUAUCGGUAAACGACCAAUUUCCGUUCAAAAUCAGAAUAGAAAUUUACAAGAGAAAAAAGUUGUCGACGUUAAUAAACGUCCCGCAUCUAUCAAUAAAGAAAUUGAGAUUAACAAACGUCGACAACAAAUUCUUGAACAACAAAAACAACGUGAUGAACAAGUACAGAAUGAGGCUGCUUCAAAUUUAUCGUCAGCAGUUGAUGGCAAAGGAGGCGAUCAUGUAACUAAACAGACUCCACAUGCACAAAAUCAACAACUAGUUAUAGCCAAUUGCAAAAAUCGUCCACCACCUGCUGUGAAUGUCGGACGACCUCCCGUUCCAGUAAAAAACGAAUACCUUGAAAACAAACAUCACGUGCAAUUGAAUAAAGUUCAUGAGCAGGGCAAUUUGCGAGUCAAUAAUGCUAAUGCAUUAAAACCUAAUCAACCUGUUAAUGAUAACUUCGCUGAAAUGAAUCGUAAUUUGGAACGAAUUCGACGAAAAAAUUUGAUGAAGCAUCACAAUAUUAAAAAACCAUCAGCUUACGAUAAUGUAAAAUCACCACAAAAGCCAAUAAUUGUCAAGCCUGUUGCACCUGUUAAUGAACGACAUCGGUCAGCACAUAGUCGUGAUGGUGCGAUAGAGGCAGAAAGAAAAAAGAAAGAAGUGCAAGAAGUUUUACAAAAAAUUCAACCGGUUGAGAACAGCUUAACAAAAAUAUUAAAUGAUAUUGGUGUAACACCAAAAAAUGUUGUGAAGAAAGAAGUUAUUUUACAGCAAUCGAUUGAUAAAGCUAUUCAAGAGAAACGAAAAGAACAAAGUCAAUCACAACAACGACAUCAGUGGAGUGAGCAUACUGCUGACGUAUCAAUAUUAGAUAAAUAUUCUCCAAUGAAUGAUUCAAUUUUGUCUAAUGUGCCUAACCUUGCUAUCCCUGAUCAAGCGACGAACGCUGCAGUUCGAUCACAAUGGGCUGUGCCAAAAGGAACAAUAUUGAAUGUACUUGAAAAAGUGCGAGUACACAAUGUAACAUUAACAAGUACAACAGAUUCAUUGUCGUCAUUCGGUUUGAAAAAUCGUACAGAACGUAUCGAUGAAGAAAGUGCACAAGUAAUUACUUCUGCGGACAAGAAGAAAAGUGACAAUACUAUCAUCAACAAACCGCUUACACCAACUAAAACAAAUCGAACCGUCAAAGGUCGUGAUCUUCCUGUUACAUCCAGUAUAAAGUUGUCAGAGGAAAAAAUUGAUUUAUUUCAAGGUUUAUCCACUGGUCAUUUCGAUGCGAAAAACAAGAAACUACUCCGAACUGUAUCCGAUCCUGAACUUCACAAAGUUGUUUUCAUUGAAAUAAAAUCUAAUCACAGUUUAUCGGAUACUGAGAAUGAAGAUCAUGAACAACUCAGUAAGCAAAAAUUGCCAUUAUCAUUGAAGAAUAAGAGUGGUAAAAGUCAAUUUGAAGUAAGACAAAUAUCAUCAAAUAUGACAAUUAAAUCUGCUCAUGAGCCAACAUCCAGCUAUGCAAACAAAAUUUCGAAUGACGUUGAAGAUGAAGAUGAAGACGAAGAUAUGAAAACAUUGCGUGAUACACUAGCAUCAUACUUAACUGAGAAUGAUGAAGAAGAAGGCAAUAAAAAUAGUUUAGAUAAUCAAAUAAAGCAUUCAUCAGCUGAAUCUGUAUUAAUGAUUAAAUCAAAAGAUGUUAUAAGUAAAAAAAGUGUCAACAAUUCAGUCAUAAUAGACGAUAUUGAUGAUGAUGUUUGGUAUAAUAAAGAAGAUGAAGAAAAUUUGGUAUAUAAAAUGAGAUUAGAUCAUAAAAAAAAAGAAGAAUUGAGAAAAAUACUUGGAAAUGAAACGUUAGAAAUAGUCUGUGAAGCAUUAAAAGAAGUUGAAUCCGAUACUCAAACGGUUACUAAUUUAGUUCCUGCAAGUAAACGUCAUUUAUUGAACUCUGAUGCAUUAUUAACGUUGUUAUCCUUGAACAUAUCCAAAAGUUAA